AUGUAUCGUCAGAUUCUAAUUCAUCCACAACACCGCAAUUAUCAACGCAUAAUUUGGAGAAAUUCUCCUCAUGACAAUAUUAGUGAAUAUCAAUUGAACACUGUAACUUAUGGUAUCUCAUCUUCCCCAUAUUUGGCACUACGAACCAUCCAAGAGCUUGCAAAAAUAUAUGCAGAUCAAUAUCCUGCGGCCUCGCACACGUUGUUGCACGACACAUAUGCCGAUGAUAUCGUUACGGGCAGUGUAUCACUUCAAGAUGCUUUAAAUCUACAACAACAACUUAUAACAUUGUUAUCGCUGGGUGGUUUUGAGCUCGCUAAAUGGGCAAGCAACGAAUCUGAAUUGAUGAGAAACAUUGAUGACAUUCAACAUGGUGCUCCAGUUUUAUUGGAUAACCGAGAAGACGGUUUUAUUAAGGUCCUGGGUCUCCAUUGGGAUCCUCAAGAUGAUACAUUUGGGUUUUCAUACGUCCCUAGAGAAACAAAUUGCACUAAAAGAUCAAUUUUGUCAAACAUUGCAAGAAUACAUGAUCCGAUCGGCUUUAUCACACUUUGUAUUCUUGCUGCUAAGCGUCUGAUGCAAAAAUUGUGGUUGGCAAGGGUGGACUGGGAUGAUGUACCAUCUGACGACAUUCAAAAUCGUUGGCACCAGUUCAAACUUCAAUUACCACAACUAUCACAAUUGAGGAUUACUCGGUUGAUUAUGCCAUCCGAUUAUGAAGCAGUCGAACUCCAUUUAUUCUCCGAUGCCUCAUCUAUCGGCUACUGUGCGGUUGCGUAUCUAAGAUGUAUUUUACCUGAUAACACAAUUAAAAUAAGUUUUAUUUCUGCUAAAUCUAGAGUAGCUCCAUUGAAAACGACUUCAUUACCACGUCUAGAGCUGUGUGGUGCCGUACUUCUGGCUGAUCUAGCAAAAUUUGUAUUAUCCAUCCUUACAGCUGUCAGUAAACCAACAAUCUUCGCAUGGUGCGACUCAAUGGUCGUGUUAAAUUGGCUAAAUUCAUCUCCACACAGAUGGAAGACAUUUGUGGCUAAUAGAACAAGUCAUAUACAAGGAAUUUUACCAGGGCAUCAUUGGCAUUACGUACCAUCCUCGGAGAACCCUGCGGAUCCAGGAUCUAGAGGACUUCUUCCAAUGGGAGAUGGAGAUGGUUCAUUGUGGGUUGUGGUGGCAUGGACCGGAAUGGUUAGCACUAUCACCUUCUCAUUGGCCGUCGCAAUCGUUCAACAUAUGCUCUGA